AUGGUUUGGCCGCGUCGAGACCGGGACAAAACAGCAAUAUAUCAAAUUGGAUACUCGCAGUUCUUCAAUGCAUAUACCAUUCAAUGCGAUAAGGCUGGAUUCAUUUGGGGAAGCCGUGGGCCGCCGAUGACGCGAGCGCGUCGGAAAGACCUCAACAGGCUUACGCAUGCAGUUAACUAUGUCCUACAAUACAAAAUUGCCGUGCAGAAUGUUCAGUAUACCACUGGAUCUGAUCGACCUCAAUUUGGCGGCCUGGGAAUGAUAACAGCAAUCGAAUAUGUGGACGUGGACGUCGGAUACAACAGGCAUAGGUUUUGUCGUGAAGGAGUGAGGGAGCUGGAUUUCAGGAACCCCAAUACCUGGUUCUUCCAUCUCAAUAUUGGUAAAAGACAAGAUCCCGAGGUUUUGGAAGGAAAGAACGAUGAAGAAAUCGCCAAUAUGGCCAUUGAGGAACUCAACAAAUAUGGCGAUGAUGUAGACGCGCAGCGUCCAUUAUGGAUGACAAAAGCAUUUCAUCCCACGCCUGCAGGAAUGCUGAGAACGAAAGAAGUCAUCUUAUAUCCAAAGUUGCACGCCCGUGCGGCGCACAGAGGUCUGCCGGCGUCACCUAUUAAAAUAAUGGUUGUCGGGGAUUACGUGCCGUUCGGAUCCCAGGACCCGAACUCGGACGUCUAUCAGGGGUUCAUGCGACAUCUUUCGGCCCUGUUGAGCGACCGCGGCCUUUAUGGCGUUCCUUGGGGUGCACCUGUACCCAGAGCCGACUUCAUCGGCUCUCAACGACCGAACCACAACGGCGCCUAUGCGCACGAAUGCUACCAGCAAGUCACUGUCAACGGACUUCAUAGGAGACUGCGCGAGUCUCAGGCCCUGGGUGUGCGAGAUAAAGUCGUCUUGAUUAUGGCCGGUACGACAGACUUGUUUUACGGUCGCGAUUUGGUUGACGUCGUCCGUCGUUUGACCGUCAUCAUAAUCGAUAUCCUGGAUCGGGAUCCAACCGCAUGCGUGUUGCUUGGCCAUAUUCCUAUGAUGAGGCGACUGAGAGAUGAUGGUUCGAUAUGGCGGCCUUUGAAUCAAAGAAUCGUUGAGUACAACGCAAUGUUGUCUGCUCUUGCAGACCAACUGUUCACUCAAGGUUGGAAAGUCUUGAAAGUCCACGCCUCGGCUACAACUCUCGAGCAUCUAGAUGGAGAUUUCAUACGGCCAAAUACUCGCGCAUAUAUUCGCCUUGCCUACGAUUUCCUCCAAGCGAUCGAAUUCGCUAACCUCUUAGAGUGG